AUGGCGCCGAAUCGUCUAUUUGAAAUGGUGAAAAGUCUUCGCCCGCGCAUGGAUAAGCCAGAUGGUUCAGUUAGCUCAACUGAGCAUGUUGACGGUGAAAGGCUUAGUGAAGACGAAUGGACUCUUGAAUCUGUUCCUCCUUCUGAAGAAUCUAGUCUUCUUAUGAAAGAUGAAGAGAAUACUGGAGACGAGGAUUAUUCCAAAGUCCAAUUUUCUCCAGCAUCUAGUCUUCAUAUGGAAGAUGAAGGGAAUACGGACUACGAAGAGUCUUCUGACUACGAUGCGUCCACCGAAGCCGAAGAGUACUCUGAAUACGAAGGGUCUUCUGAGUAUGAGCUUCAUACUGAUACUGAAGAACCCGACGAAGAGUACAAUCUUCGGAUUCGGAUAGAGGAAGAUGUGGAAGCUUACCUGCGCGCGCCCAACCCCAUCCCCUUGGUCUGGAAGCACGAAGACUGUGCCUUUACUCGAGACGAAGCCAUGAAGAUGUUCCGGCCCAUCGCGGAGAAAUUCCACGCAAGCUAUGCGACUGCCAACGUCACGGCCCAAGUUCGACGCAUCUUCACGAGGGAAACGGUCAGAGUUCUUCCACCGUGGGAGAAGAAGCUGCUCAAAAUGAAUGCAGAGCUGCACGGAGCGGCUGACAUCGUCGAGUGGUUUCAAGAAGCAGAAGGGGAUCUACUGGGAAUUCGCAGUCGCAGGGCUCACAGGGUCGCUCAUCUGACAGCAGAGGAAGCGGAGCGAGUCUGGGAAGAUCUGUACGACCUCUCAUGGCACAGCAGGCUAGAUUUUGCGAAGCUUCUUGAACCAAGGAUUACUGUAGUGAAGACGCUUUUCGACGACCAGAAGCGGCGCAUUCAGGAGCUGGAGCAGCAGCUUCUCAUGAGGAAUUCGGCAAUGGAAACUGCAGAUGGAGAUGGUGAUGUUGCGGGAAGAAGCCCAACUCAGCCCAGGAAAACAAAACUAUCCAUAGUGAUGACAUUUCUUAAAAGGAUGAUUUUACCGCCGCCGAUGGAUGAAUUGGGUAGAGGCUAA